UGUCCAUUUUCCAACAUCACACAACAACAACCUACCUAUCCCGGGCCAUUGGUAGCCUCAACUUCUUACUACAGCACUCUCUCCAGAGCUUCUUCUUGUCGUUUUUUAUUGCUUUCUUGUCUAGAUUUUAAAUCAGAUCAACCAUUAGACUUAUUGUCUGAGAUACCCCGCGCAAUAAAAUAAAACAAACAGCUUUGCUUUGCUAGUUUUUUUUUUUUCUUCCUGUUGGCCGACCUUCGAAUUUCCAUUCUCCGAGCCCUGUUCCCCGUCCACCCGUCGUCCCACAGCCAGCAUCCCCCCCGGCGUCCGACCAUUGUGAACGAUUGAGUUGCUAUUAGAGUUAUAUCUGUGGAACGACACUCAAAACCAAUCCAAUUAGCAAUUAAGGGUCCAUGUAUGUCAUGGUAGAAUCCCAAUAGGAACGAGGUUACUACGAACUUACUGCGAAUCGAUGCUCGGGGUUGCACGGUUCUAACGACUGCCUGUGCGAAUUCCUCCCUCUAAGGGGUAGAUUUUGUGGCGUUGGCCAUCGCGCCGGCGAUUCGAGUGAGCAAUGGCUACGGUGACGAGCCCCCCAACGCCGCCUCCUCCGGCUGCUGCGUCUCCUCCGAGGUCUAUUCAACGGAAACCCGUUCCGGUACCAAGGCUACCCCUUUCGCAACAUGAGCGCGGUGAAUCUCAAGACAGCUUCGCCGGGAACACUUUGCCUGUCGCCGAGGCGGCGACCAUCAGAGAUGCUCCUGUCUCUCCCGUGAGGGUGAAUUUCCAACCCGACAACUGGGCGCUGCCGUCGAAUGUAAGCAUUGAGGGGAACUAUCAAGUCCCACCGCAGCCUCCGCCACAUAUGACUCGCAUCGCCCCAAGAUCCUCGGAUGCGCUCCCGCCUCCUUAUAGUCCCACGUCUGAUCAGUCUAGGACCUUAACACCUAAACAGACCUUUACUGGCGACCUUGCGCACAGAUCGGGUCAUGAGGCAUUCUUAAACCCUGCGGAGGGAGGUUACAUGGAAGCUCCAGCAACGUCAGACCUAGAACGCAAUAGCUUCAGCGACAGUUCUCGAAGCGAUGACCCGAAUCGGCACAGUCGCGAGUCGGACGCAACUGCGAGUACGCAGCAACAGAUGUCGACCGACUCCUCUGCCGAGACAAGCGCAAGUUCGAUAUCGGGGGGUCUAAACGAAGCAUGCGAAAAUCGACUCUUGCCGGAUGAGACAUCUCCAGAAGAGUCCAUCAUCGAGGGUUCGAUACAAGAGGGCCAGCAGGUACCCCAACUACAAUACCAUCACCAGCCCUAUCUUCCGCGAGUCUCAAGCGUGCCCCUCGAGUCAAAUUCGAGGCAUUCCUCGAGGUCUGACCUUGCAGAACCGCCGGGUGUGGCCAUAAAUCGUCACUUGACCCCAAACUCAUUCAAUAGGAGAAGUUCUAUGCCACGGCCGCAGUCAUCGUAUUCACUAUAUUCCGAAUUGGGACCGCGCGGACGGUCCCCAAGUUAUGGGGGCGCCAAUCCGCGCACUUCCUCCAUUCAUUCUCGCAGGUCGCCUGAGACCAGGCCGAUUUCCUACGCGGAAUUGCUAAAUGUUCCUUAUCCUCAACCAGCUCCGGCUCCCAUUACCAUCGAUAACUCUUAUCUGCGCAACAAUGUUGGAAGUAACGCUUCCUUACUAAGUGCGCAGAAGACCCUUGAGAUGUAUAGGCAAAAUGUGAAGAAGACAAAUGACUUUUCCAUCCAAUACUCCUUCGCCGUUUUCUUAAUCUCAACUGCGCAGGAACAGGGUUUAAAUUUGGAGGAACCUUCGCGGAAAAAAGCCAGUCCAAAGGGAAGUCCGCUUAACGAAAACCAGGAAUCCUCGCCGACCGAGUUGGUUCGCGAAGCUAAAAGUAUAUUGACAAGGUUGGCCAAUGGCGGCUAUCCCUUUGCUCAAUAUUACCUAGCUGAUGGUUUUGCUUCUGGCUUGUUCAACAAGGGCAAGGAAGACUAUAAUUCCGCCUUUCCCCUCUUUGUUUUGGCCGCGAAACAUGGUCACGCCGAGUCUGGUUAUCGUGCUGGUUUAUGUUACGAAUUUGGAUGGGGUUGUAGGAAAGAUCCAGCUAAAGCAGUUCAAUUUUUACGAACGGCGGCAUCUAAAAACCAUCCCGGCGCCAUGACGAGACUUGGCAAGGCUUGUCUCUCGGGAGACCUGGGCGAGAAUCGGUACAGGGAGGGUGUGAAAUGGCUGAAGCGUGCUACUGAGUCAGCAGAUGCCAUGUACAACGCCGCCCCGUACCAUCUUGGUACACUCUACGAAACUGGCUAUGGCGACGAUAUUUUCAAGGACGAGAGUUACGCGGCCGAAUUGUUCACUCAGGCAGCUGAGCUCGGGCAUGCUGAAGCGAGCUAUCGUAUGGGAGAUGCGUACGAACAUGGCAGGCUAAACUGCCCUCGAGAUCCGGCCCUCAGCGUUCAUUUCUACACUGGUGCCGCAGAACGUGGUCAUGCUGCGGCUAUGAUGGGAUUAUGUGCAUGGUACAUGGUCGGAGCUGAUCCCAUCUUGGAGAAAGAUGAGGAAGAAGCUUAUGAGUGGGCUCGUCGGUCAGCAGAUCUUGGCUUUGUUAAAGCCCAAUAUGCGGUCGGUUACUUCACGGAGAUGGGAAUAGGCUGCCGCCGGGACAUCUUGGAAGCCAACGUGUGGUACGUCAAAGCAGCCGAUUCCGGUGACGAACGCGCAAAGCAAAGACUCGCGGCAAUUCGGGCUGCCGUGAGUGGUGGCGGGACGCCUAUGGAAGUCGCCCCACCACGCAACGGCAAGAUGAAGAAAAACCAACCAAACGACAAGGAUUGUGUUGUAAUGUAAUAUAUUCCAUGCGGCUGGAACUCACUAGUAUGCGGAUGUUUCGGGGGGACCUUCGAGGAUCCAUCCAGUCUUGCCCUCAACGAUGAGGUGCGUCUAUUUUGGAAAACUACGUAUUCAGAGUACACAUCAAGGGGUCGGCUUUUUUUUUUUUUUUUUUUUU